CCAUGUCGUCGUCUCCGUGGCCUUCCCUGCUCUCAUCGCCGCUCCCCUCCUCCGCCACCCUCUUCUCCAAGAAGCCAGCGUCCUUGCGCCCCGUCUCCACCUCGACCGUCAGGGUUCGGUGGCCGCAGCGGCAGCGGUGUCCGCGGCGCGAGUGCGACCGUCGGCCGCGGAGGUAGCGCGGACGGUCGUGGAGUUGGCCCCGUCUGGUACGCUCUCCGUGGUUGGUCCCGACGGUUGGCCGCUCGGUAUCGGCGCGCGCUUCGUCGCGGAUGCCGUCGGUGCACCCGCGCUCUGCCUGGCCACCACGGGGGUCAGCGCUCCCGAUGCGCCGUGCAGCUUCCACGUUGAGUUUUGGAAGAGUGGGGCUAGGACACCACAAUGUACUAUGCUUGGUACCUUAACUAAGCCUACUGAUGAGUCAGUGUUGAAGAAGCUUUCCACUAGGCAGGAAAGGAAAUUCGGGGAAGAAAUUAAUCAAGAUCUUUUGUAUUUGAUAUCUGUUCAACGGGUAUUGCACAUGGAGGAUUUCAAUGAGGAUGGCAUGUGGGUAGUUCCAUCAGAAUACACCAGUGCAGAACCUGACCCUCUACGCAAUUUUGCUGAAAAUAUUGUGGAGGAAUUUAAUAGCAAACAUGCUGAAGAUGUCCAUAGAAUAUACAACAUAUAUGUCGAAUCAGAUUUACAGGUGGCAGAUGUAAAGAUGAUAUGGGUUGACAGGCUAGGGUUUGACUUGCAUGUUCAUUCUGGUGAUGGUGUCUUUGAUGUCCGUGUCCCUUUUUCAAGGGAAGUCUCUGACGAGAAGGGUGUGAAAUCAUCAUUUAACAUGAUGUCUCAUCAUUCAUGGGAGGUGGAGAGGAGCUAUGCCGGUCCAGAGUUUGAGAAGGUACAGUUCUUGAAGAAGGUCAGGUAGGCAGUUUGAAUCCUAUUUCCAUUGUGGAUUAUUUUUUUGUAAUUCAGAUGAGUAUAGUGUGAGGUUUGGUUCCUCUUAGCAUGUACUGUUUGUCUUGUAUCUUUUUUUCGUUACCACAUACAUUGGAUGCAAUUGAUAUAAACGAUGCGGUAAUAAUUUAUUAGAGAAGAGCAACAAAUUUUGACUGUAAGGAAGAAUAAAUCUGGGACAUGAGAUGAGAGGUAAAUUAUGUGACAUGAAAACCAUGCUUUGCAGUAAGGUUAUUUACUCUGUCCGUCCCAAAAUAAAAGUUGGUUUAUCCUUUUAGGUGAUUCAUACAAUAAUUAAUAUGUUUAUUUUAUAUAUGUAUCUAGAUUCAUCAUUCAUUUGAAUAUAAACAUAAAAAUAAAAAAGCUAAAACAACUAAUAUUUUGGAACGGACGGAGUAUUUUACUGUCUAGAAAGCAUGUUAUACCGACACAAUUGGUAGGCAGCAUGCCCUUUUGCUAGGUAUUGCCACCUAUCUGAAAAUCAUAUUCUUUAUCUAUAGGAGCGUGGAGUGUUAAAAUUUUCUGUAUCUACUUAGCCAUGAUUUUUAGCGUGACAAAUACUGAAAUACUCAUUGCAGCAUAUGCUGCAAAAUGUCCAUAU